AUGGCAAACAAGCUGAAAUUCUAUAACUUUACAAGUGCAAUAGAUGUUGGGUUUUGGCAAGUUUUGGCGAAGAAAAAAUUAGAAGAAAUUAAGCUUCAAGACGAUUUUAUUGGUAUUUUUGGGUAUUAUUCUCCUUCUCAGCAUCAAGAUCUGCCUCCUUUAUUCCAUGUUGUACCAGACUCAUUGAUUGCUAUAGAAAGUAACAUUCCUCAUGGGAGUAUUAAAGCCAACGGCUACUUAAAAAUAUUCAACACUCUUGAAGAAUUCAAAAAUGCUGACAGGGAAAAAUUAUUAGCUGAGGCAGGUAAAAAUGUAUUAACAGACGGCAACCAAAAUGCCUUUAUUUUAAUAGUUUACGCAGAUUUGAAGUCUUAUGUGUUUUAUUAUUGGUAAAAUCUACAUAGAAUUGCGUUCCCAAUGAUAAACUUUGAGCCUGUUGAAUAUUCUAUACAUCCUUUAGCUGACCAUUUUGAUGCAGAUAAGCUAAAAGAAGCUUUAGCUGCAAAAUUGCAAAGAGGUGAAAAUCUGUCUGCAUUUUUAGGAUUAAAACGAAAUGAUGAAGGCUAUGAGCUGUUAAAUGGGCCCUCAGACAUUAUUUGCUUUAUAGAUCCUGCACCAAAGCAUGAUUUUCCUGGCGCCCCUUUAAGAAAUAUUUUAUCUUAUAUUUCCCAAUCUCACUCAAGAAGUAUAGACGUUGUCGCUAUUAAAGACCUAAUUUCAAGCAACCCAAACAAUUUCUCAUUACUCCCCCCCCCCCCCUCCGUGAGCGAACAAAACCAUUAGAAAAAUCGCCAUUUUUUGACCAAAAAACCCACCCUCCGUGAGUGAACAAAAAUUUUUUUAAUAGAAAAAAUUUUAAUGGAAAAAAAUUUUGAUAUAUAAGUGAUAAUUAGUAUAAUGAAAUCUAGAGCUAAUUCUGUUUAAUUUUAAACAAAUUGCGUUUUAAAACAUAAAUUUUGCAAAUUAAAUUAAUAUUUGCUUCCCAAUUUUUGCAAAUUAGGAUUUUUUUAAAAUUUCGAAAAAAAAUAUUUUUUAUAAAAAUUAUAUAUAAAUUUUUUUUUUUAAAAAAAAAUUAACCCCCCUCCGUGAGCGAACAAAAUUUUUUUGUUCGCUCACGGAGGGGGGGGGGGGGUUAGGAAAUUCUCAGUAUUAUCAAAUAACUUUGCCUGAAAUUAAUGAAGUGAAGUUUCUUGGGUGGGAAUUAAACGCAAAAGGAAAGCUUGGACCAAGAGUUGUUGAUUUAAGACCUCAGCUAGACCCAUUGAUUUUAGCUCAGAGUGCAGUUGAUUUGAACCUAAAGCUUAUGAGAUGGAGGAUGCUCCCUGAGCUGAACCUUGAUAUAAUUUCUGAGAAAUCAUGCUUAUUAUUAGGGUCUGGAACUCUAGGCUGCCAAGUCUCUAGAAAUCUUAUGGCUUGGGGCGUUAAAAAAAUUACAUUUGUAGACUCAGGAAAAGUAUCCCACUCUAAUCCUGUCAGACAAAGCUUAUUUGAUUUCGAAGAUGCUAGACUUGCUAAACUUAAAGCAAUAGCUGCCGCAGAUAACUUGAAAAGAAUAUACCCAGGGGUUGAUGCUGAAGGGAUUCAGCUUGAAAUUCCUAUGCCAGGCCAUUCAAUAGCUGGAAAGGAAGCUUUUGUUAAAGAACAAUUUGAAAAACUUGAAGCUCUUAUAAGAUCCCAUGAUAUCGUAUUUCUGCUAACCGACACAAGAGAGUCAAGAUGGGUGCCAACGCUAAUUACGACUGCUCUGGAUAAAACAUGCAUUUCUGUAGGAUUGGGAUUUGACAGCUUUGUGGUCGUUAGGCAUGGAGGGACUCCAUUUGUGGAAAAUUCAGAAAGACUUGGUUGUUAUUUUUGCAAUGAUGUAGUAGGCCCAAGAAACAGUACAAAUGAUAGAACACUUGACCAAAUGUGUACAGUCACAAGGCCAGGGCUUUCAUUUCUUGCCAGCUCAUUUGCAGUAGAGCUGCUUAUAUCUCUUUUGCAUCAUCCAGAAGUGCAUAAGGCGCCUCAUAAUUCUGAAACUCCUCUUGGAAUUUUGCCCCAUCAGCUCAGAGGGAAUUUUGGCGGCUUUUCAAUAAUGAACUACUAUGGAACUGCUUUUUCCAAAUGCACAGGAUGUGGAACUACUGUAGUUUCUGAGUACUUAGAAAAAGGUUUCGAUUUUGUUGCAAAUGCCUGCAAUGACCCUGAUUUCCUCGAAGAAAUAUGUGGGCUUAAGAGUUUAGACAGCCUAAACGAAGGCGACCUUAUAGAAAUAGAUUAA